AUGUUCAGAGUGGUGAAAAAACUGAAACAACUAAAGAGAAGACUGAGGAGCCUGAAUAGACAGCAUUUCAGGAAUAUCAUUACAGAAGCUGAUGAGGACAGAAUUGCCCUUGCUCAAGCCCAAGCUGCAUUACACCUACAGCCACUGGAUAGAACUCUACAAGAGCAGGAAAAGAGAAGCAAAGCAACCUGGAUUAAACAAGGUGCUGAUAAUGCAAGAUAUUUCUUCUCAGUCAUCAAACACAGAAAGUUACAACAGGCCAUUAUACAAAUGAAGGAUAAAGAAGGCGUGAUGCAUAAUGAUCAACAAGAAAUUGCAAGAAUACUUGUCGAAUACUAUCAGAACUUACUGGGAACUAAGGAAGAACAUAGAACAAAAGCUAGUGGGAACCUAUUGGGAAAUGGUUGUGUUCUAAAUACUGCUCAACAGGUAAAAGAAGCAAUGUUUGGUAUUGGCAUAAAUAAAAGCCUUGGGCCUGAUGGGUAUGGCAGUGGAUUUUUUAGAGCAGCUUGGAGUGUCAUUGGUAAUGAUGUGACUCAAGCAAUUUUGGAGUUUUUUGAAAAUGGGAAACUGCUGAAACAAAUAAACUCUACAAUCAUUUCCCUCAUUCCCAAAGUGGAUGCACCAGAACUUGCAAGCCAGUUUCGACCUAUAUCCUGUUGCAAUGUAAUCUAUAAGUGCAUUUCUAAAAUGAUAUGUAUGAGGCUGAGAAAAGCGAUAUCAGUGAUGGUGGCCAGUAAUCAGGCUGCGUUUGUGGAAGGGAGGUCUCUAAUACACAAUGUACUGAUAUGUCAUGAUUUGUUGAGACAUUACUCAAGAAAGACUACUCCAAGGUGUUUGAUGAAGAUUGAUUUAAGGAAAGCGUAUGAUAUGAUUAGGUGGGAUUUCAUUGAAGAAGCUUUAAAGGGCUAUGGAUUUCCAACUCCGUUUGUGCAACUGAUUAUGAUUUGUGUUACCUCAACAAGGUUCACGGUCAAAGUAAAUGGAGAAGGAUAUGGCUAA